CACCACUGCCAGCAACUCUGAACAUGUGUUCCGGUUUAUUGCUCCGGGCGGGUGGAUGAUGCGCCAUAGUUGGUUCGUCAGUCUGAGAUCAGCAGCCAUGGACGCAGGACCUGUAAAUAACGUCAUCCUCCUGGCAGACAGUUACAAGGUGGGGCACUACCAGCAGUACCCACCGGGUACCACUCUCCUCUACUGUUACUUCGAGUCCCGCGGAGGAAAGUUUCCAUACACCUGUUUCUUCGGGCUGCAAUACAUCCUUAAGCGAUGGCUGGUGGGACCUGUCGUCACCCGUCAGGCUAUCCAGGAGGCUAAAGAAAUCUACUCCAACGUCUAUAUGAAUGACGAGGACUUCAAUGAGGAUGGCUGGAACUAUAUUCUGGAGCAUCACGGAGGUCGGUUGCCGCUGCGGAUCAAGGCUAUACCGGAGGGGACUAUCAUGCCUACCAGAAACGUUUUAUUUACAGUCGAGAACACCGACCCCGAAGUGCCCUGGAUCACCACCUUCUUCGAGACAGUGCUGGUACAGGCGUGGUAUCCGACGACAGUAGCCACCAACUCCAGGAUCUACAAGCAGGUUAUCCACCACUACCUCGCCCUCACUCAUGAUAACCUCCUCCUCCUCGACUACUCUAUGCAUGACUGCGGGUAUCGGGGUGUCUCGUCUGUUGAAACUGCAGCCAUAGGCGGUGCUGCCAACAUGAUCAACUUCAAGGCUUCAGACACGGUGGCUGGGUCGUGUCUGCUGAGGAAGUACUACCACGUGGAGACGGUCGGGGGCAUCUCUGGCUCCGGCUCCGAGCACUCCACCAUCACCACUUGGGGAAGACAUCGGGAGGCCGACGCUUUCAAACACAUGCUUAACAUCUACAAAGGAAGGGCCAUCGGGUGUGUGAUUGACUCGUAUGACAUGUGGAAGUGCUGUGAGGAAAUCCUCGGCGGUCAGCUGAAGGAACUCGUGAAGGAUCACGCCAAAAGUGGCGGAUACAUAGUUGUGUGCCCCGACAGUGGCGACCCUAAUGUUGUCGUCUUGAAGUGCCUGGAGAUCUUGGGUCAACAGUUUGGGACGGAGACCAACAGCAAAGGCUACAAGAUGCUGCCCGCGUUUCUCAGGGUCUUCCAAGGCGACGGUGUUAGCUACAAGUCAAUUGGCACGAUACUGGAGACAUUGAAGAAUAACGGCUGGUCAGCGGCCAACGUUGGGUUCGGGUCUGGCGCCUCUCUCCUCCAACGGCUUGACCGAGACACCCAGAAGUUUGCAUACAAGUGCAGCCAGGCUGUGGUGGGCGGGGAGGAGGUGGAGGUGUACAAGGAACCCAUCACAGAUACUGGCAAGACCAGUAAGAAGGGCAGACUCACCCUCCAGCGAGACAACGGAACCUUCACCACCAUUCAACAUGGCAAGGGAGACCCAGAAAAGGACUUGCUUGUGGCAGUGUUUGAAAACGGGGAGCUUCUUCUGGACUACACAUUUGAUGAAAUUCGCCAGCGGGCCCAAUUAACACCUGAUGACAUCAGUAUUCUCAAGUUCCUGGCUGACGAAAAGUAACUAUAUUGAUGGACAAAAUAGACCUCAAUUAAAAUUUGGACUCGCCUUGGCGGAAAAAACUUUGAAAAAGGAGCAUUGGUAGGCUUUAAUGUGAGUCACAUUUAGAAAACUGAAAAUGCUCUCCGUGGAUUUCACAGCCCAUUGAUUUGGUUUCCCCAGUUCCCAUUGGCACAGGAAGCUUAUCGAGGCACCCUUACUCAACUGCUGACUUUUUCCAGGAUGCAACCCACAACAGUUGCCUAGCUCCCAGGUACAGUACCUAUUUACUGCCAGGUGAACCGAGACAUCAGGUGAAAGGAAACAUACUCAAACAUCUCCGUGCUGCUGCGAGAGUUGAACCUGGGACCUUUCUGUUGUGAGUCGACGGCGCUGACUACUGCAUAACACAUGAGCCAUUUUCUGGUUUGUCAUACAAUAUUACAGAAUUCUUAGCAAUGAUGCUGUCUUUAAUAUAAAAUAAAGAAGUAGUAAACACCCUCCUACACUAUUCUAUAAUAGCGGCAACAUUAUAUUCAAGAAAGUUUUUCUUAGCAUACUAUAGUUGCUAGUAUGUUUAGGUUAAUGAAAUAGAACAGGCUAGUCAUAGUCAGUACUUGUGACCUAAAUUGUCUUUCAUUUUUUCCUUAAUGGAGGUACAGUAUGCUAUUGUGUAUCAAGAUAUAUUUCUAGACCCUAUAUUUGUAGAAUAUAAUUUAAAUAAAAAUACAGUUCUUGUAAACAACAAGGAUCAUAUAAAUAAUACAAACAUGA